AUGGCGCAUUCGGAUGAGGACCAUAGGCUAUUCGAGCAGUGCCGCGUCUGCAUCGUCUGUUCCAAUGACCUCCCCCUGGAAACCGCUGAGCAGCUCGCAGCAGUGAUUGAAGAAUACGGCGGCGAACCAUCCAUCCAUCAAACCAGCCCCGAUAAUAACGAUACAAUCGAAUGUACCCAUAUAGUGUCGAAUACCAUCAACUUCCUCGCCUACGACCUCGCCUGCAAGACUUUCAUCCCGGUGGUCAAACCAUCUUGGGUACACGUCUCCCUGGCCAAGCGCAAGAUUGCCAAUCCUCGCCAGCACAGCCCCGAUCCGCGUCUUUUUUUGAACGAUGUGGUGGUCACCUGCGGUGACAUCCCCGAGGGAGACAAGGAUGCGAUUAUCGGGGGAGUCCUGGCCAAGGGUGGCCUCUAUAGCUCUCGAAUGACUGGCACGGUCACUCACCUGGUAGACUUGACAGCCGACUCAGACAAGGCACGUCUGGUGCAAGUGAAGAAGAUGCGCGUGAAGAUUGUGCUCCCUCAUUGGUUUGACGACUGCCUGAAACUCGGCCAACGUAUCAAUGAAAGACCGUACACUCUUCCGGAUCCCGAGAUUUUGCGUGCCGGCCCCGAUGAUCCGAUCAAGUCGAACGAAAAUAAGGGCCUAGCGGGUGCUUCAACUGCGGACCCAUCUGCCAUGCCGACCUUGAACGGUGCGUCACGAAAUGGAGAUGGGCCGGGUGUCUUUGAAGGCAAAUGCAUCAUGCUGUCUCCGGAUCUCGGAAUCGGUUCGCGCCUGCUUGAGUCCAUUGAGGCGGUCCUCAAGCAAGGCGGUGCCACCGUGACAGGAAAUGUUAACGACGCGAAUUGGCUUGUCUGUCGGUUCCGAGAUGGUUUUGUGUAUCGGACGGCAUCGCGACUGGACAAGGUUGUUGGAAACCUGGCGUGGCUUUUCCAUCUAAUGACAUUCAACGAGUACACAAGGCCACUGAGUCGUCUUUUGUUCUACCCAGUUUCACGCACCCCGAUUCCCGGCUUCCAGGGGCUGAAGAUCAGUCUUUCCAACUACGUUGGCGAGGCUAGAAUCUACCUCGAGAACCUGAUCGAGGCAGCCGGUGCUCAAUGCACCAAGACAUUGAAGCAGGAGAACACACACCUGAUCACUGCACAUGGAAACAGUGAGAAGUGCAGCGCGGCAAGAGAAUGGGGUCUCCAAGUUGUCAACCAUUUGUGGUUGGAGGACAGCUACGCUGCAUGGAAGUUGCAACCCGUGUCGGCGCCGCGCUACAACCACUUUCCCUCGCGAACCAACUUGGGUGACAUUGCGGGACAGAAGAUGCUCGACCCUCAAGUUCUUGAAAAUAUUUUUUAUUCCUCUGAAGAUACUGAGCCCUCAGGCCCGCGCCCCGCCAUGCAAGAUAAAGACCAGAACACGACGGCAAUGAAGCCUCCUGCCGAUAAGCCGCGCAAGGAGGAAAGUAACGUCCCUGAGACCACUCAUGGCACGCCGCAAGCAAAGGGAAAGACUUCCCGCCAGCCUUCAGACAACAAUAAACUUCAAACUCCCGCACGGUCUCGGCUGAUCCCCGACGACAAAGAGAACGAGACCCCCUCAACAGGUAGCAGUCGCAAAUCUAAGGAAGCCGCUACCGCCAAGCUUCAUGAAUACGCCCCAGAUCUUGCUUUGUACGAAAAAGAAAGAAAGCGCGUCGGUGGUGUGAUUUACGGUGGUAGACGCAAGUCUGACGAGGGUCGGGUGUCCGAGAACCCCAAGGAGAACCCCAAGGAGAACCCCAAGAAGCGCCGCUCGGUUGAAGCCGACGAGGGAAAGAGUGAUAACGAACAAGCUACGGAGCCUAAGCGGCAAAAGAAGUCCCGGCCACCUAUCUCGAUGCACUUGAUGAUUACUGGCUACCAAAAGUGGGUUGGAAAGGGGAAUGAGAAGAAAGAAGAUGCUGAUAAACGAACCCUUCGAGAUCUUGGUAUUAUGGUGGUCCAAGACGCCCGUCGAUGCACUCAUCUGGCCGCGCCAACAAUUCUGCGUACCACAAAGUUCGUCAAUGCUUUGGCUUAUGGGCCGAUGAUUGUCAGCACCGACUUUGUCGACCAGUGUCUCAAGAAGGAUGAGCUUCUCGACCCUGUCGAUUUCCCACUGGUGGACAAGGCGGCCGAGACGAAGUUCCAAUUCUCUCUCGCCAAGGCUUCAAUUAGGGCAAAGAAGAACAAGAACAAGCUUCUGCGCGGUUUCCGUGUCUAUUGCGUUGAGGACAUCCGGGGUGGCUUCGAUGCUUUCAAGUCAAUUGUGGAAGCCAACGGCGGAGAGUGUCUGCUCUUCCGUGGCCGUCUUGCACUGGCCAACAAUUCUCGACGUGAGGAGAGCGACGACGAAGACAGUGAGAUGGAUGGUGAUGAUUCUGGCCGCAACGAAGUCUUCCUCCUAAGCAGUGCAGAGUCCAAGCACGCACGACUUUGGCCCCGAUUCCGCCAAUUAGCUGGCGAUGUCAAGCGGGCCCCAAGGAUCGUGCGGGUGGACUGGUUGCUCGACAUGGCCAUGUCACAGGAGCUGCGUGCCGCCGAUGAGUACGAGCUGUCCGAGGAGAUGGUCGGAAAGGAAGAAGAGUAG